GGAAGUUAUUGAUAUGAAUGUUAAUAAACUAGUUUCUCUUUGUUUCCUUUGAGCCGCUGGACGCACACACGCGCACACGCACGCGCACACACACGCGCACACGCACACGCACCGGGACGUUGGCUCUCUCUCGGACACUCAGCGCGCGCGUCCGGAUCGUUGGACCCGGAUGGAGGACCACAGCGUCCUGCAGCGGACCCACAGACCCGAGACCAUGGUGGUGAAGGUGGAGUCCGGUGAGUCGGGUGAGUCCGUCCUGACGCCGUCACAGGUCGCUGAGCUUCAGUUCCUGCGUUCGCGGGUUCAAGAGCUGGAGAUUGAGAAGGCGGAGCUGUCAGCAGAGAACCAGAGACUGAAGAACACGCUGGUGUACGAAAUCCCUGGACUCCUGUCCACCAUGUGGCAGACUUUGGGUCAGGUCAACAGUCAUCACUCGGUCUCCAUGGCAACAGGCACGAGCGAUAGUUACGCUCCAUACUCCCAUCAGCACCACACAGCGACAAAUCUGGACGGAGAUUUCAGCCCCCAGGUCUCCGUCCAGCAGCUCCAGGAGGAGCUUAGUGGGGACAUGUCAGAGUCCUGGGGCCCGCUGGUCUCGGAGGACGAGGAGGUGCCAGACCUCGGGCUGCGGAGCCACAUGGGAGAGGAGGCGCCGCUCUGCAGCCAGACCGACAUGGAGGAGCUGAGGAGGAGCUGCUCCGAGAGCCAAUGUACCGCCGGACACGCUAACAGACAGGUGAGACAGGUGGAGGUGUAUCCUGGCUCUGGUGUUCUCUGUGAUGUCCGCUCUUGGCAGGCAGCCAAUCAGGCGCAGUCUCCUACGGCGAUGGCACGGACAUUGUUGCUGGGUGUGUUUGAUAUGAACACCCUGAUGAACAGUAACCUGCGAGGGGGGCGUAGCCGCCGGCCGGCCUCCCACUCACAACGCAGCGCUCUCGACCCGCACAAGAUCAACGCCAUCUUCAAUGCUAUUUUGGCUCGGUUUCCUCUGGCCAAGAGAGGAGUCAUCGGCUCCGGCAUUAACUCCAAACUGUCUGAGAUACGAUUUCGCUCCAGGAGAGCCAAUCGAGAUCCGCGAUUCCUUUGACGGACAGCUAGACAGCUCCGCCUACCUCACCAAAAAAACGCCAAAUAGAAAACAGAAGUCUGGACCAUUGAGCAUCUGUCGGACUGACUGACGGUUUAAUUUCAAACUUUGUUCAGUUCAGUCACCAUUGCCAUAGGGACCUCCUUUGAGAGCUGUGCGUUGCCAUGACAACCCCGGACCUGAUACACCAUGACCACAAAGAGAACAGAAAAUGCAAGGAAAUUAAAAACAACCUCAGAAAGAAGCAAAAGAACCACUGAAACUCAAAACAACCACACACAGAUGCAAAACAACCACAAAGACACGAAAAACGACCACAAAAAGAUGUUUAAGGGCCACAAAGAAACUCUAAAGGACCACAAAGAGACGCAAAACGACCACAAAGAGACUCAAAACAACUACAAAGAGAUGUUAAGCGACUACAAAAAGACUCAAAACAACCACAAAGAGACCUAAAAUGACCAAAAGAAGACGGUAAACGACCCCAAAGAGACAUUAAACGACCACAGAGAGACUCAAAACAAUCACAUAGAGAUGUUAAAUGACCACAAAAACACUCAAAACAAACUCAAAGUGACUCAAAGCAACCUCACAAUUGCUCAAAACGACCAGAAAGAGAUUCAAAAUGACCUCAAAGAGAUGUUAAGGGCCUAAAAAAAGACUCAAAACAACCAGAAAGAGACCUAAAAUUACCAACAAUAAGAUGUUAAACGACCACGAAGAGACGUUAAACGACCACUAAGACACUCAAAACGAGCUCAAAGCAACUCAAAAUUACUCGAAACGACCACAAAGAGAUGUUAAACGACCACAAAGAGACGUUAAAUGACCACAAAGAGACGUUAAACAACCACUAACAGAUGUUAAACGACCACAAAGAGACAUUAAACGACCACUAAGAGAUGUUAAACGACAUAAUUCCUCCGUUACUCGACUGAAUCUUACUGAGUUCAUCACCAUGUUUGAGUUUUCAUGUUGAUUCUGUGAAUUUUAGUCAACAAAUAAAGUUUAGA